AUUUUUCUCGAACAUGAUGCUUGCUAUACGACGACGUAUCUGGCAAGUCCCUCCCCCCUAUAAAAACAUCAGCUCCGGCGUCCUCGUAGCGUCUACUGUGGAGUUCGGAGUUCCGUUCAUCAGUCGAGAAGAUUCUACCAAAGAUCUCUCGGAGGGUUUUCGUGAGCUUUGAUUGAAAAUGGCAACUGAACCCAAGCCUGCAACUGAGGAGGCGAAGAUGGAUCUGUUCGAGGACGACGACGAGUUCGAAGAGUUUGAGAUCAAUGAAGUAUGGGAGGAUAAGGAAGAAGGACAAGAGGUAGCGCAGCAGUGGGAAGAUGACUGGGAUGAUGAUGAUGUUAACGAUGAUUUCUCCCUACAGCUGAGGAAGGAGCUCGAGAGUAAUGCCGAGAAGAACUGAUGCCCAAUCUCGAGAUACUGGUUCUCCUAUGAAAGUGUCAAUGCCGCUUAGUCUGAUGUGUUAGGCUUUUGAGUUUGAUGUAUCUCGAAAUGCUGUUAUCACAGGAUUUUUAGCUUGAAUGUUGCUUAAUUUGAAAGAGAAUGUAGUUCUUUGUGUGCAUGUUGGAAGCAAAUGAAGAAGCCUGAAUUUUUCGGAUAAAGUAAUUGUUGUUUUACUUGAUA